CACAAAUUGUACACCCGCCAAACAUUAAGAUACUUGACCGAUAGUGUCUGUCCUCCAACUCUGACCACACACUGAGUCACUGCUGACAAGGUCCGUGUAAAGACGUGAAGGACACCAAAGUCGGUGACUGGAGUGAAGAAGAUCGCAACCCAAAUGAAUACCUGGCUACAGCUCGGUGUCAUUUGGUCCAGCCCUAGAACCGGCACAAUCCAAAAGGGGGUUAAGCCCAUCCGCUCAACUAGAGGAUCACAACCACCUUACCAGCAGAAUGAUGACAAUGGCAAUGAGGAUGAUAAUGAUACGUUGAGAAAAGAUUGGGACAAGGCCUGGUCUAACUUCAAGAAGAAAAGCAAAAAGAACAUCAUCUCACAGUUCAACAAGUAUGUGACGUGGAAUCCUAGGCGCUCUAACUAUCCACUGUCUGAAGAAAUCGAUCCCAUUAAGAGAACCGAGAAGUUAAAUCUGAAUUUAUGGACUAGUAGUCAGUUCACUCUUGCAGUGACAAUUCUGAUAGUUACACUUCUUCUAAUCUAUACCAUUAUUUUUCCACUGAAAUGAAAUGCUUCCAUGAAACAACCCCCUGUGUUGUAACAUGUGAAUGUCUGUUGUCAUUUGAGAGAGUGACUAUUGCACAUGCUUAUGAUAUUAAUAUCCUCCAAUGAUAAUAAUAAAAUUUCUUUAGGUUGCUUUUUCUGAAUGCACUUAUGUUAGCAGUAUGUCCUUUUAAUGUUUAAUGAAGCCUUCCAGGUUAGUUUGCA